CAGAGAAGUGUCCAGUUCAGACUGAGCGAUGGACUCUGAGGCCAGUGGGACGAUGGAGGUGGCGGCGCUCGGUCGGCCUUUCAGCCUCGGGAUGUUGUACGACUGCCGCAAAGACUCACUCGUCCCUGGAAUGACACUGUGGGACCGUGAUGACCUGAGAAAUCAUAUUGGAGAAAGACCACAGAGCUAUAAUGAUUUUGAGAUAGUUGCAUCUGAAUCAAUUGCAGAUAAAUCAUCAGCACUAAAUGUUGAAGCAUCCCUGAAGGCGAGUUUCUUAAGUGGACUGGUGGAGGUUGGAGGAUCGGCCAAAUACCUGAACGAUAGUAAGACCUCCAAAAAUCAGGCCAGAGUAACACUGAAGUACAAAGCUACCGCAAAGGUUCAGGAACUGUCCAUGAAUCAUCUUGGAAGAGACAAUGUGAAGCAUCCAUAUGUCUUUGAUAAAGGAUUAGCAACACAUGUAGUCACAGCUAUUCUUUAUGGGGCACAAGCCUUCUUUGUCUUUGACCGUGAAGUGUCCGAAAAGGAAGAUCAUCAAGACAUUGAGGGCAACUUGAAGGUGAUGAUCAAGAAGAUUCCCAAAAUUGCAAUAGAGGGUGAAGGUUCACUGAAAAUGGAAGACAAGGACAGAGAAAAUGUUGAGAAAUUCUCCUGCAGAUUCUUUGGAGACUUUUCCCUUCAGAAGCCUCCUACAUCCUUUCAGGAUGCGGUAGAGGUCUACCAAAGUCUGCCAAAAUUGUUGGGAGCCAACGGAGAAAAUGUCGUACCAGUGAAGGUCUGGCUGUUGCCACUGACGAGUUUAGGUUCUUCUGCUGCAAAACUCGUGCGUCAGAUAAGUAUAAGAUUAGUUCAUGAAUCACAGAGUGUCCUGGAGGACUUCAGUGAGCUGGAAAUGAGGUGCAAUGAUGCACUGAGAACCACCACUGCACAGCAGUUCUCACAGAUCAGCAAGAAGAUUAAAACUUUUAAAGAAAUGUGCUCAGAGUUCAAGCUGGAAUUCCAACGAACCUUGGCAAAGAAACUUCCAUCAAUCCGAGGAGGAGGAGGAGAGGAAGCUGAGCUCACAGAGAUCCUGAAGAAGAGACAUUCUUCUCCUUUCAACAGCAAAGACCUGAACGAGUGGAUGGACUGUAAAGAGAGAGAAAUCUGCAUCUUAAAGUCUUUCACCAACAUGAUGAAAAACACCAAGAUCGUUCCAUCUCAGAAUCACCUCUACAACGAAAUUCACAGUGCAGAGCAUGCAGUGUGUUUUGUUUUCACCUCACUGGGAAGUGCCGAACCCUUCCUCUCAGCUUUAUCAAACUACUUAACAGAGACACCCAAACCAGACGAACCUCGAGAUCCACAUACUCGUGAUGUAGAGAGAGAACAAUGGUACCUUUCAAACAAAGUACCAGAUGCAAUGAGGCAUAAAGCAAAACUCUUCAGUGACUUUGCAGAGGCCAACAAGGAGAACAAGAACAUUAAGUUCUUGACAGUUGGUUCAACAAAUGAGACACAGAAAGGUUCAAGCAUCUACCUUUAUAAAGACGGCUUUUCAGUCAGUGAGAACUUUGAGCCGCCUUCAAAGCCUGAAACAGUGACAGUCACUGAAACAAACCACAAGAGUGUGACACUGAAGAUUUCUCCACCAAAGUUUGGAGCAGAGAACAUCACCUCCUACUCUGUUGAGUACUGUGUCAGUGGAAAUGAUGGAUGGAAACAGAAGACAGCAUCAGAAGCUGAAGAAGUCACAGUGAGUGAUCUGAGUCCUAACACAGAGUACAUGUUCAGGUGCAGAGCAGUGACCUCAGCAGGUGUUGGACCAGCCAAUGAAGUCAGUGGUUCCAUUAAAACCUUACCCUGCAGCCCUCCUGGGAAACCUCAAGUUGAACAAUACUCAAGUGAGAUAUCAGUCAGCUGUGAGAAACUUGCUGAGGUUGGACAGAAUGUCCACAUUUUGAGCUACAUCGUGGAGUACGCCAAAAAAGACAACAGCCUGAAAGAGGAAGAUCUCCAAUGGAGCCAAAAGAUGUCAGGAGCUGAGAGGGUGAUCAUUUCAGGUCUUCAGCCAGAGACAGAAUAUGUUGUCAGGGUCAGAUGUGAUUGUGGUGAAGCUGGCAGAAGCAAAGAAAGCAUCACUGUUACUGUCUGUACAACAAAAUCUACACCCCUCACAGACUUCCUCAGAAGUACAAGUGUAAAGAUAAGUUCUGAAUCUCCCUCAGUUUACAAACUGCCUCUGGAUGAAGGAGAUAUGGACAUAGAUGGAUGCAGAAGAUUCACUUUUGGCAAAGAAAGCACGAGGAAAAAUCGCACUGUUUUACUUUUUGGAGAGACCGGAUCAGGAAAGUCCACUCUGAUCAAUGCAAUGAUCAACUACAUUGUUGGUGUAGACUGGGAGGACAAUUUCAGAUUCACACUGAUUGAUGAGGAUCAGCCACGAUCACAAGCUGAAAGCCAGACCUCUGACGUCACUGUGUACAAAAUCAACCACCAGGAGGGGUUUAAAAUAGAGCACUCACUGACCAUUGUCGACACUCCAGGGUUUGGAAAUACAAGAGGCAUAGAAAGAGACAGAGAGAUCACAGAACAGCUCCAUAAUCUCUUCAAUGCUGAGCUUGGGGUCAGUCACACUGAUGCUGUGUGUUUUGUAGCUCAGGCUGCUUUGGCCCGACUCACACCAACACAGAAAUAUGUGUUUGAUUCUGUGCUCUCAAUCUUUGGCAAAGAUAUUGCAGAAAACAUCAGAGUUCUGGUGACGUUUGCAGAGGUCCAGAAACCACCAGUUCUUGAGGCAGUCAAAGCCUCAGGUGUCCCGUGUCCUCAAACAAAAGAGGGGCAGCCACUUCACUUCAAAUUCAAUAAUUCUACGUUGUUUGCAGACAACAAAUCAUCUGCAGAAGGUGGCAUGAGUGAGGAUGACGAAGAUGGAAGCUUCGAUAAGAUGUUUUGGGACAUGGGGACAAAAAGCAUGAAGAGGUUCUUUGCUGCUUUAAAUGUCAUGGACACCAAAAGCUUGACCAUGACAAAAGAGGUCCUCAGAGAAAGACAGCAGCUCGAGAAUUCAGUUGAAAAUUUGCAGACACAGGUUAGAGUUGGGUUAGCUAAGCUCGAAGAGUUAAAAGAGACAACUGACAAACUGAAAGAGCACGAGGCAGAGAUCAGCAGAAAUGAGAACUUUGAGUUUGAAGUCACUGUCAUGAAGCCUGUUCAAAAAGACAUUUCUGGUUCUGGAAAUUACAUCACCAACUGUCAGCAGUGUCAUUUCACCUGUCACUAUCCCUGUAAAAUACCCAGUGAUGCAGAUAAGGCUCGCUGUGAUGCAAUGGGACCAGAUGGAAAAUGUAAAGAGUGUCCAGGCCAAUGUAACUGGAAUGUACAUUUUAAUCAGAAGUACAAAUGGGAGUAUAAGAAGGUUACAGAAAAACUAACAGUGACAGAGCUGAAAGAAAAGUACCUACACGCCAAAGAGGCAAAGGCACCUGUUGAGGUACUGAUUGAAAAACUGAGGGCUGCAUAUGAUAAUGUGCACAAACAGGUGGUGAAAUUUAUGGAGAGGUCUGCUCAGUGUCUAAACAGACUUAAAGAGAUAGCACUGAAGCCAAACCCUCUCUCCACUUCAGAGUUCAUUGACAUGCUUAUUGAGGGAGAGAAAUCUGAGGCCAAGCCAGGCUGGAAGCAACGAGUUCAGUCCCUGAUGGCCAUGAGAGAAAAAGCUGAGUUCAUGGCUAAAGUAGGAAGAGGAGAGGAACUCCCCUGACCAUUCUGACAUGUAUAAAUAAAGAACAAGACGGGAUUGUGAGUGAUUCUGAUCAAGGCCCAGGGGGGAGUCAGAGAAAAAGCAGACAUCAUGGCUAAAGUAGAAAGAGGAGGGAAACUCCUGAAGAUGUAAAUGACCAAGAAAAGCUCAAGCAUAAAUGUACCUGAGACAAAGAGGGCGACUUCUUACAGUUUUCUUUUGUACAAAUGUAUUUCUGCAGAACUUGUUUCCAUGUGCUGUUCACCAAAAAUACAGAUUUACCAUGUGUGGUGGAAAGUGUUUAAGUGUGAUUACAUUCAGUGCUGGAGCCAUUAACCUCCUGAAACCAGUGAGUCAGAGUUUAAUAUCUGCAGCUCUAUGAACUCAGCAAACCUGAACAGUGAACAUGUAUUUGUUUAAGGAUAUUCUGUUGUCCAUAAAAGUCUUAGAAUAUUGACUAUAACUAUAGUUUUCAAUGCAGACUUUUAAAUGGGGAUAUCAGCUUGUUGUUGUUUUUCUGCUUGUGAUUUUAUUGACUACUAUUGGAUCCUGUGGCCUUUUAUAUUGUUGUGCACAGAACUGCAUGUGACUGUUCUGUAGUGAUGACUCAUACAGAAUGUUGGAGAAAUGAUUAAAUGCUAACAAUAAAACAUAUCUGAUAAAGACA